AUGGAUGACUUUUCUUGGACAGCUGGUGUGAGUAGAGAUGAUGCACAACGAUAUAGUCGGCAAAUUCUCGUCAAUGAUUUUGGUGUCAAAGGUGACGUAUUACAAGAAAAGAAAAUUAUGUUUUGAGAAAUUCAAUGUUUUGGAAAAAACAAUUCUGGGUGAAACUCCAUCGACGUGACAUGACGCAGUUCUCAGAAUUAAUUUAUUGGAAUUUGAUUUUAAUUUAAUUUUCGUAAAUUUUUCAGCUCAAAAAUCUCUGCUCUCCUCAAAAGUGCUUAUAAUCGGUGCUGGUGGCUUGGGAUGUCCUGUUGGAAUUUAUUUAGCUGGUGCUGGAAUCGGAACAAUUGGAAUAGUUGAUUAUGAUACAGUUUCAAUCGAUAAUUUACAUCGACAAAUUGCUCAUAAAGAAUCAGAAGUUGGAAAAAGAAAAACGGACAGUUUGAAAAAUUCCAUUCUCGCGCUCAAUUCAAGAAUCUGCGUCGAAAUUCACGAAGGAACAUUUGACUCAAAAAGUGCAAUGGAAAUAGUGAAAAACUAUGAUAUAGUUUGUGAUUGUUCUGAUAAUGUUGCAACUCGAUAUUUGGUUAAUGAUGUUUGUGUUAUUCUUAAUAAGACAUUAGUUAGUGGAAGUGCUCUGAGAUGGGAUGGACAAUUAUCAGUUUAUCAUUUUGGCGAAGAUUGCCCGUGUUAUAGAUGUUUAUUCCCAAAUCCACCAAAUCCAGAAAAUGUUACAAAUUGUUCAGAAGGCGGAGUUCUAGGGCCAAUUGUUGGAAUUAUUGGAAGUUUACAAGCAUUGGAAGUUUUGAAGAUUUUAGGAAUGAAAGAAAGUUAGUGUUUUUUAUUGAAAUCCAAUACUAAUACUUCAAAUUACAGAAAAAUACGUGUUAUUUCCAGGUUCUUACGCUGGGAAAAUGUUUUUAUUCAAUGGACGCGAUGGAAAAACUCGCACAAUUGGCUUGCGAAAACGCGAUAAAAAUUGUGCAGUUUGUGGUGAUUCACCUACAGUAAUCAAACCAAUCGAUUAUGUUCUAUUUUGUGGAGCUGGAGCUCAUGACAAAGUUGAAAAUUUGAAAAUUUUGGCGGAUUCUGAAAGGAUUUCUGUGGAAGAAUAUCGAGAUUUGAGGCGAAUUGAGAAACCGAUUUUAUUGGAUACGAGACCGAAUUUGGAAUUUGAAAUUGCUCAUCUACCAGAAGCCAAAAGUGAGUUACGAGAAAAUUGAGUUUGUUUGGAUUAAAUUUUUUUUAAAACAAUUUUUCGGCUCAAACAUUUUUAUUAAAAAUGUUAUAAAAUUAAAAUUUUCAGACAUAACUCUAUCGGAAGUCAAGAAUCUGGAAGCCGAAAAAAUCGCUCAAACACUCGAAGCCACCAACAAUCGUGAUAUUUUCGUAAUUUGUCAUCGAGGAAAUGAUUCACAGCGAGCUGUUGAGAUUUUACGUGAUAAGUUUGCAAAUCACAAAAUUCGAGAUAUAAUUGGAGGAUAUGAUAAAUGGGCAAAAAAUAUUAAUCAGGAUUUUCCAAUUUAUUAA